AUGAUGGACAGCUGGAUGGAUAAAGCAUGGCUGGUGGAUGCUUGGAGCAGGCAAGGGAUUACCCCUUUUAUCCUCGCCAGAAAUGAAACAGACAGCGCUGUCAGCGCUAUCGGCCUUGGGGGUGUCGGGGACUUUGAGAAGGACGCGUAUGAAGGCCUGGCAGCAUCGUACGCGUUUGUGGGAAUCGUUGCCUUGGUGCAACUGGCGCGGAUUCAACUUAGGGUGCCUGAGUACGGCUGGACGACACAGAAGGUGUUUCAUCUCCUCAACUUCGUUCUCUGCGCGGCCAGGUGUGCAGUUUUCCUCUUCUGGGAGCAAGUGCAAGGCAUCAAUGAUUACGUGUUAAAAGUGGCCAUAUUGGACGUACCCAGUCUCUUCUUCUUCACCACCUACACUCUUCUGAUCCUAUUCUGGGCGGAGAUUUACCACCAGGCCCGGGGCGUACAAUCACAGGAUCUUCGCCGUACAUUCUGCAUUUUGAACGCUGCAAUCUAUAUCCUACAGGGUGCUGCGUGGAUCUACAUGGAAUUCGUGCCACAGCAUGCAGACCCACUCGUUCUCCUCACCAAGCUCUUCCGAGCAGGCGUGGCAUUCACUGCGGCAUUUGGCUUCAUGCUUUAUGGUGGACGGCUGUUUGUCAUGCUCAACACGUUCCCGGUGGAGUCGAGAGGAAGGAGAAACAAGCUGAUGGAGCUUGCUGCCACGUAUUCACAACAGCAUGGUCACGAAAUGUUGAUCCGUGGGAGUGCUCCUCGGAUGCUGCACAUCUACAUGCACAUCUACAUGCACAUCUACAUGCACAUCUACAUGCACAUCUACGUGCACAUCUACAUGCACAUCUACAUGCACAUCUACAUGCUCUUGUUGCCCUGUCCAUCCUUCCCGCCUCGCUCCGCCUGUUGUCCCAUCCCAGCUUUUGAGGCGCCUAAAGAAUCAGAUGCGUCUCAAUACCUUGCCCUCUCGCUCCUCCCCUUGUCCCAGGUGGGCCUUGUCACGGCCAUUGGUUUCAUGAGCUUUUGA